AUGGCUGAGCUAGAUCAACAUCUUCCCACUACAUCGACCUUCCAUCGACCCACCAUGGAGGAGGCCGUUGUGAAAAUGAAGAGGAUUCAACGCUUCACGAGACAAUUCUCAAUUUUUGUUCAUUGUGAAGAUGAGAAUGGCAAGAAAAUACUCUCGUCCAAGACUGAGAAACCAGCAGCACCAAAAAAAGAUGAGAACAAUGAAGACCGUCUGUUCAAGUACCCGGGAGACUUGCGAGCAGUGAAACGCAAAAGAAACCCAACUACUCCAUCUGUCAAGAAUGUCAGUAUCGGGGCCAAACGAAAAAUGAUGGAGCAUCAAAAAUCAAUCCGUGAGGCAGACUCAGAGGGACCACCAGAGAUCGCAAAAGAAGAUAACGAUAAAGAAAAAGAAGAAGAAGAGAAAUAA